CAGUUGAUAUGAGAUGUCUCCAAUAAUAAAAGGAGCGGUUCCAAUUGGUCCGUGCAUUCCCAAGAAGGCGAUGAUUCACUAAUGGAGGGGUUGGCUUAUCCACCAGCUGCAACGCUGCUCUCGAGCCUGCCCCAUCUCACUUGAUGACCUAAUUGGCGAGCAGGUCAACUAUGGAACAGGUUUUACCCAUGAGCUCUGCUUUCUUUGAAAUUUAACAUUUAAAACGAGGUAAAUGUGAGGUGGCACUGCCGUUUCUCUUUUUUCUCUUCCCCCCCACCACGCACUGCACUUUUUUUCCACCUAGUCACCUUGGCGUCUUCGGUUCACCUGCCACUUUUGACACGACCUUAUUGUUCCCGCACGAGUUCUGCUGAGUCCUGCACGGAUAGCUAUCGGGAUCCAGCCGCACUUUAGGACGCGGAAAAAAAACCAAACUUCUGCUGGUCCUUCUGGGUGUCAAGUUUACGCACAAGAUGAGCGUCAAGUCUGACUCCGAGCCAAACAACAACGUCUCUAUUGAAGAAGAGGUACGAACUCUAUUUGUCAGUGGUCUGCCGACAGAUAUCAAACCUCGUGAGCUCUAUCUGCUAUUUCGACCAUUUAAGGGUUAUGAGGGUUCACUUAUCAAGUUAACAUCAAAGCAGCCUGUUGGGUUUGUAACCUUUGAUAGUCGUUCUGGCGCUGAAGCGGCAAAAAAUGCAUUAAAUGUAAGAAACCAAUGCACUUCACAUUUAUCCCUCCGAUUAGAGUUUGCUAAGGCCAACACGAAGAUGGCAAAGAGUAAGCUGAUGGGCACUCCGAAUCCCACAAAUAUCCACCCAGCUCUAGGAGCACACUUCAUAGCACGGGACCCAUAUGACUUGACGGGGGCAACGUUGAUCCCAGCAUCUCCAGAGGCCUGGUCUCCUUACCCCCUCUAUACCCCAGAGCUCAGCCCUGGCCUGCCCCACACGGCUUUCACCUACCCAGCAGCGGCCGCUGCUGCAGCUGCACUUCAUGCUCAGAUGCGCUGGUAUCCCUCCACAUCAGACUCAUCCCAGCCUGGAUGGAAAUCACGGCAAUUCUGUUAAAAUGCGUGGUUCUCUCUUCAAAUGGCAUCAUCCAGCUGUUUCAAAUCCGUCCAGUUCAUUUGAACUUUUGGUUUUUGGAUGUAUUAACUCCUUUGGAAUUCGGCCAUGAAGAGAUGAAAUUUGAGUUUGUAUUGCUCAUUGAGCCUAUAUUGAAGUCAUUGCCAAUAGCACAAAAAUGUGAGAGGCAUAUAAAUGGUAUAGUAGACCUUAGAGGUUCCAAAUGGAUGAGUCCCUUGACCCCCCCCCCCUUCCUCAUUGAGUUUUGCUCUGGGUCGAUGUAAAAUGAGACCAUCAACUGAAGGAAGCUGACAUUGAGCAUGUUGGUUUUGGCAUGAAGCAUUGCUCUGUGCGUCAUUGUAGUAUGUUUGUUGCUUCCAUGACUCAUGUAACCUUGUUCAUUUUGUCUUGUUUAGUAGCUUGGUCAUUGAAGUUGCUUAUGUUAUGUACAAAACUGUGGUCAACUCAUUUUGGGUAAUAUGAUGUCCAGACAGAUGGUUUCCCUUGCUAGAUUCCACUGUAGCACAUCACAGAUGGUCUGAUGACUUUACAAAAUAUGACACAUUCUCAAUCUAGAGUGUGUACCUGGGGAAAGAAGAGUUUGUGCAAUUGAAAUGAGUAAUCUGUAAUUUAUUGGUAACUCUUUCUUUGUGUUUCUGUUUUUGUAUCAAUGUCCUAUUAUAGCAUUUUCAGAGGUUGAGUUGUAAUUUUUUUUUUUGUUUUUUUUUUGGUUUAGACUGUCAGUGUGGCACAACUAACCGUAUAUAGACAGCAAGUUUGCUGCUAACAUGAAAUUGCUGUUUCAAGUUAAUACUCUGAAUAUAAAGAGGCUACAAUGGUGCAUGGUUUUUAAUGUGGGUAUAGUAAUGGUUAACUCGGACAUUAGAAAUGUAUUUGUAAAAAAAAAAGUGUUUGGUGUACAAAAAUACUACUGUAUGAUAUAGUAUUAAAAUGGGAAUGCAUUAAAA